AUCAAUCAAACAAAACAAGGAAAAAAAUUAACAUGGACGGAAAAACUACCCCAGCGGAUUAAUAUUACCACCCUAGAAACUACUAAAAAGGUAUAAAUGCAAAUUGGUAAAUAAUGAAAACCACGUAAAUUCCGAACAUGGAAUUACCCCAAAUGAUUUUAAACGAGGAAAGUAUCGUGUGUAGGACUUGCCUGAAAGUCCUGGACCACUUAUCAGGUACUGGAUUCACCUAUCUUGAUGAUGAGACCAGUUAUGUUAAAGAUGUGGGCAGUAUUAGGGAAAUGUUACAGUUUUGUAUUCCUGAACUGGAUUUGUAUGUCUCUAAUCGACCUGUAGUAUGUUAUGGCUGUCUCCCAAUCCUUGUUCAAGUAUACAAUUUCAAAAUAAAAUGUCUAAGUGGUGAAAACAUUAUUAAAGAUUAUAUAACCAGAAAUAACCUUAAAGAAUAUAACCAUGUAAACCUAAAUUGUGUCUUGAUUGAAGACCUGAAAAUGAAAAGCCAAAAACUACUCUCAAGUCAAAUUGAAAAUAAAAUCAAACUUCUGUUGGAUCUGCCUGAUAAAAGUGAAUCUCACUCUGAAUCAGCUGGUGUUUUAUCUUCAACUCCUGUUCAGCAAAAACCUAUGAUGAUUAUUACUCCAAUAAGUGUUACUGAAAAUGAAACUAACAACACAGGUUGUCAACUUAGUGAGAUUGAUGAAGAAGACACAAUGGAUUCUAGUGAGACUGCUGCAAUUAUUCAUGACAUUUUGUUAGAAACUUCAGAAAAAACUGUAAAAACAGAAAUUGUUGAACCAGAUGAGAGUAUGGAUGGAGGUAGCCAAGACCUAGAAAACUUUGAUGUGUCAGAAGAUUUUGAAGCCAACUCUGAAGAAUCAGAUGACCCAAGGCAAGAGCCACCAGUCCCAAAACCUCCGGAUACAAAACAAGAUGAAUCUCAUGUUAACAUUGUUGCAGUGAGGAAAGACUUGUUUGAUUCUAGUCAGCCACCCCCUCAGUUAAUAGUAAAAGAAAUACCAAAGGAACAACCUUCACUUAUCCUAAACAAGGGAAUGAUGGCUCAAAAUGGACGCAUUGUGAUAAAAAUUGACCGAAAGAAAUUGCAAAGUAUGGCUCCAUAUAAACCUCUAGAACUACAAGAAGUUGAAUCCAAAGACCAGUCUAAACCCUUAACCCCUAGUAUUAACACUGUAGAAGUAACUGAUACAAGUAUAGAUUCUUCACCUAAAUUGCCAAAAAUAGUCUCUGUCAGUACAGUUGAUACAGAAGAAGAGGACACAUCAGAUCCUCCAGACACAGAGUAUAAGUGUAAUAAAUGUAAUUAUGAGACAAAAGAUGUGAUACAAAUGUAUGAUCAUAAUAGACGAUUUCACAGUUUUGACUAUACAUGUCAGCACUGUCCAUUUAGUACCUCAAAAGUUGAACUGUUAGGUAAACACGUGUCCAUGGUACAUCCGCAAUCCCUUAUGCCACCAAAAACCACCAUAAAUUUUAAAGUUACGGAGAAUUACGCUUGUUCGAUAUGCCCAUUUAGUGUUAAAAGCUUGGACCUCCUUAGAUCUCAUCAUAUGUCGGCCCAUGGACGAUCGGAUGGCCCGAUCAUCUUAAAUAGCGCUUUUUCAGAAAACACUCUAAACUCCACACCAAAAAUUGUUAAAAGACUAGAAUAUACUUGCGACGUGUGUCCUUAUACCACCAAAGAUAAAUCUAAUUUAAGAAAGCAUCUAUUCACCCAUGGAACGAAGCCUUUAACGUGCGACCACUGCUGCUACAAGUGUGUUUCCCCCUAUCAGCUGAGGCGACAUCAAAAGCAGAAACAUGGAAAAGAAGCUGAUCCGAGGGCAAGAAAUCAUCCAUACCCACUUCCAGACUUUAAAAAGGAAAAGCAAGAGGCACUGGAUAAUUUCAAAAUCACUUUAGAAACAAUAAAACGCGAGAUCGAAAAGGAAAUAGCGCAGUCCUAGGAUAGACUGUAUCUACGCGAUAUUGUAAGAGUGAGAACUAUUUUACGGGUAUAAAACAUUUUGCGGUUUAAUUUGCUCGCAUAUUUUUCAUAUGUAAGGUUACUAAUUUAAAGAUCGGACACUGUUGUGCGGAUUUCAACCAUUUUUAAUGAAAAAGAUUAUUAUAUAUAACAAGAUUAUGAUUUCAAAUUGAAAGGUGCUUUAACCGUAAAUGAUACAAGGUCGUUUAGCUUAGAGCAAAGUGACGUAAUUUGAUACUUAAAUAAAUUCCGUUUAAAAAGUUGAAAUAUGAAUGUUAGCGAGAUAAUUGAAAAAAGCUAUAGAGCAAAAUAAAUAAGACGUGUAGUGAUUUAAAAUCGAUGAUACGACGUUUUGUCUAUUAGCAUCUAAGCACCAUAUUUGAUUAUAUCAGAUGAAUUUUAUUCUUUUUAAUUAUCCUUUGAAUGUAUUUUUAACAAUUAUUUUGGGUAUAAGUUCUUCUUUAAUUAAUAUUGACCCGCAAAAUGAUUUUUAAAAACAAAAAAAUCUUAAAUUUGACAUUUGUUUAUUAUAGAAUAUUUUUAACUUUUAAACGGCAAUUUAAUAAGCUUUUAAUUACGCAACUUUGCCAGAAUUUACGGUUUCUGAGAUCCCAAUAGUCACCCUCCAUAAAGGUAAUGAAGGUUACGAGGUGCUGAAAAAGCAAACUUUUUCAUCAGAAAAACGUAUUACUACUAUUUAUUUUAAAUUCUUAAAUUUUGUAUAUUGGGUGUAAUACAAUUUGUUUGUGUCUGUUUGUGGCAAAUUUGAUCGUUACAGUUUUACCACCUUUCUUUACUAACAGUGUCCCGGUUUUAAAUGUAUCACAUUGCAUAUGUUAAAAAUUUUGUAUCAUAAUCUACAGUUACAAGAAAAAUUUAAGUGGUCAAUGUUAGAGAAAACCUAUCUAGUCAUUUUUAGUGUUAAUAUUUCAGGUAUCGUUAUUAUAAAUUUAUAUUUAACUCUUCUCUGAAUAAUUUUAGUAUUAGGGUCUUUUUUUGCUUACCGAGGAACCAAAUUAAAAAUGUCGGCUAUAGAUACAUUUAACAUACAUUUAACUUUUUCUUGUCUAGAUAAAAUCCCGCUGCUUCGUAGAGUACAAGUUCAUUAACUCUCUUAUUGUAUUUACCUUCAACCAUUCCAAUAAAAUUGUAUUUUUUGUUUAAUUAUGGUAGUUCAGGAUUUUUGCCUUCAUUAUUGCUGCCAUUGAUUCAUAUAAAGGGCAACAGACAAGAAUACUGCAGAUAACUAUACAUACAAAUCAUAGGUCCUAAAUUCUAAAGAAUCUCCGCACAAUUGGAGUUAUAAUUGUAAAUAAGGUUUUUCAGCACUAUCUAUUUAUUUGUUCCCUCUGAGAGAGUGCCAUUUUGACUUUUUUUAUGAUUAUGUGUGAUUUGUUUAUAGGGCGUUUGAAUGUUUUUUUUAUUGCACUAUUGUGUUCUUGCAAUAAAUAAAUACUGGGUGUUACAACUAAACCAAAUAAGGAGUUAUUUAUGAUGUUUACUGGACUAAAUCUCGAUCUAAUAUUUAACUUCAGAAAAUUGCUGGCACUCAGUAUCCGGUAUUUUAGGUUUAGAUUAAUCCUGUAUGUUAAUUUUUCUAGUCAUAUGUGGCCAUAACUUCGGAUGUAGAAUAGUUUUUUAUAUUCACCGCAAUGAUAAAUGUACGAAAGUAACUUUACGUAGUUUAUAUUAUUAAUAAUUUGUGUAGUAUUACUUUUGAUUGUGCAGAAUAAGGGAGUGAUUAAGGAAACACUGUUUCAAAAAAGUAUGAAUCUACUUUAUAACAUUGUAUGGAUAAAAGUACUUCAGUCACUUCACUUAUUAGACUUAAUGUAUAUAUUUUGAGGUGUGUUAGGCUUAAAUUGAAAAUUUUAAGAAAAAUUGAGACAUAGAUAUCCGGUUUGUUCCCUAAAUUGGCCUUCAUAUCUAACACUGUGUUCUAUAUUGGCCCAUUUACAAUGGAUAAUUUGGACGUAAAUAAUAUAGCCGGAUAAAACCAUUUGAACUUUUAUACCUACCUGUUUUUACUUUUGCCCCAGGUAUCAUUUUCAUAAAUUAUUUUACUUAUUUAUUAAAUUAUUUAUAUAUUUAUUUAUUUAUUUAUUUAUCGGUUUAAAUGUUUAUUUCUGUGAUAUUUAAGUCAGUAGUAAAAUGUAUCUUUAGCAACGGCGAUGUAAAAUAAAGAAUUUUGUGUAUUAUA